CAAGAGUACUGCAAAGACAAUCGUCAAGGCUUCGAGUUCCCAUGCAUCUACAGACAAGGAUGAGAACGCCUCGCCUUCAAUCUCAACUCCUCGCACUCCUCUUGCCGCCACCUCCACAUAAUGUCGCCACAUCUUCUGCCUCUUCUUCCCGACCCUCGGGAGUCGACACCCUCAUCGGACGCACGGGUAACACGAAGAGGUGGACGCAUCGAGGCACUCUUCACACGCCGACUACGACGUCGUUUUUCACCGGAUGACAUCGGCGAAAGAGGCACUGCAUUCAGGAGCUGUUCUUACAGUCGUCACACUACAUCUCCUCUACUCGCCAGGAGACCCGAGUGUGAUUUUCUGGCAAUACAACUCAACGUUCAUCAAGCGCUUGGACGAGGAAGGGCUACCUCGUGCCCCCAACCUUGAGUUCUGCAAAUGCAUGGCAAUCAUGCAGCUCAUUUGGAUGGGUUCCACCGCCGCCAGGGGACACUUGACUGAGGAAAAGUGGUACGAUAUCUUGACACCUUGCUGCGCUCACGAGUACGUGUACUGCAUGCCGAAUGUCAGCGGAGAGCAAUUCAAGAAGGGUUGCGACAGGACCAUGAAGAACCCGUCUGGCAUCGAAAGGGCAAGGAUGCUCAUCGACUACGCCUGUAGUCUUGACCUUGCUCGGAAGAUCGCCGAAGUUCUUAGACUAAUUGCGCAUCAUCGAGUGGCUCAAGGCGGUCAAGACGAAUCGAGCUCCUGUGCGCCGAUCGCUUCCCAAUUUUCUUUGGUGGGCAGUAACAGUGCACUCCAACCUCAAGACUCACACGUGGCGUGUCUUCCAUCGAGACUGUUUUGCCAAGCUGCCGGCGCUGAAGCAGGCCAUCAUCGAGCGGGGAGCCCUCUGCUUACGCUGAGCUGCUGCAGGCCUAUUCGAUCGGGCAACCGGCCAAUACCACUCAUACAAUCCUCUUCGAAAGAGUCAAUUCUAGACAACACCUGCGAUGGCUUUCGAAGAAGCAGCUAGCUGCUGCUCUGGUCAAGUGGGCUUCACUUCAUAAGUCCGCCGUUGAGGUACGGUGGAUCGACAUCUUCGAAUUUUGGAGGUAGAGCCAAGUUGAAGAAGGUCACCGUGGGGAUCCGGAUAGACAGGGAUGGCUCAACGGCAAAAGACGAGAGCACUCACCCACAAAGUCAACACGAUGGAGCUACAUCAGCCCGUGCGACCUCGC